AUGGCCCUAUAAAACCCGGACCUCUCGUUCGAGCUCCGUUUUCCUUAACUGAAACGGUCCCAAAUUUUCUCUGCCAGCGAGGCAGAGAGAGAAAGUAGAGCGAGAGGGAGUGAGCGAACAGCACCACACAUAUUCUUCCUCCGUCCGGGUUAGCGAGCGUCGCCGUGGUUCUCUUUCGAGGAGGUUUUUUCGAUUUGUUUUUCCGAAAUGGUGGAUCCGUACGUUCUUGGCUGGAUUCUGUUUUCCUUUCUGAGUCUCUUUGCGCUCUACAGCCUCGCCUUCGGCGGAGAGACUCGGCAUCGCGCUUCGCCGCCGAAGCCAGUAAACAGGAUCGAGUUGUCGGAAACCGUGACCACCUCCACGAGUGAAUGCAGAUCGGAUAAACGCGACGGCGACGCUGACGUCAUUAUUGUUGGAGCUGGUGUAGCCGGCGCAGCUCUGGCGCACACUCUCGGAAAGGAUGGGCGUCGAGUACAUGUGAUUGAAAGAGAUCUCAGUGAGCCUGACCGUAUUGUUGGAGAGUUGCUACAACCAGGUGGCUAUCUCAAAUUGGUUGAGCUGGGGCUUGAAGACUGUGUAGACAAAAUUGAUGCUCAGCAAGUAUUUGGUUAUGCCCUUUUCAAGGAUGGGAAACAUACUCGUCUUUCUUACCCCUUAGAGAAGUUUCACUCAGAUGUCAGUGGCAGGAGCUUUCACAAUGGUCGUUUUAUUCAGAGGAUGCGGGAAAAGGCUUCCACCCUUCCUAACGUGCUAUUAGAGCAAGGAACAGUCACUUCCCUAGUUGAAGAGAAGGGGACAAUUAAAGGUGUGCAUUAUAAGAACAAAGAUGGUCUGGAAUUGAGAACAUUUGCUCCUCUUACCAUUGUUUGUGAUGGCUGCUUCUCAAACUUACGCCGUUCUCUUUGUAAUCCUAAGGUGGAAGUUCCCUCAUGUUUUGUUGGUUUACUUUUAGAGAACUGCGAGCUUCCAUGCGCAAAUCAUGGCCACGUUAUACUGGGAGACCCUUCACCCAUUCUAUUCUAUCGUAUAAGUAGUACAGAGAUUCGCUGUCUGGUCGAUGUACCUGGUAAGAAGGUUCCUUCUAUUUCAAACGGUGAAAUGGAAAAGUAUUUGAAGACGACAGUAGCUCCACAGAUUCCCCCUGAACUUUAUGAUGCCUUCGUAGCUGCUGUGGACAAGGGCAACAUAAGGACAAUGCCAAACAGAAGCAUGCCGGCAGAUCCUCUUCCUACACCUGGAGCCCUUCUGAUGGGAGAUGCAUUCAACAUGCGGCAUCCACUAACGGGAGGCGGAAUGACUGUAGCAUUGUCUGAUAUUGUGGUGCUGAGAAAUCUUCUAAGACCCUUGCCUGACCUCAAUGAUGCACCCACACUCUGCAAGUAUCUCGAAUCCUUUUAUACCUUGCGUAAGCCUGUGGCAUCCACAAUAAAUACAUUAGCAGGUGCGCUUUACAAAGUUUUUUGUGCAUCCCCUGAUCAGGCAAGGAAGGAAAUGCGGCAAGCUUGCUUUGAUUAUCUGAGUCUUGGAGGCCUAUUCUCCGAAGGACCUGUUUCUUUACUUUCUGGAUUAAACCCUCGUCCCUUGAGUUUGGUUCUGCAUUUCUUUGCCGUUGCAAUAUAUGGUGUUGGCCGUUUAUUAUUACCUUUUCCUUCACCUAAGAGAAUAUGGAUUGGGGCCCGACUAAUAUCUGGUGCAUCUGGAAUCAUCUUCCCCAUAAUUAAGGCUGAAGGGAUUCGGCAAUUGUUUUUCCCUGCUACUGUUCCAGCUUAUUACAGAGCUCCCCCGGUUGGACAAUAGUGAAUAUGUUUUUGAUGCAAUACAGAAAAUCAAGGUGCUCUCUAGAUGAACAAGUUAGCUUUCUUUAUCUUCCUUUUUUCGGAAUUUGAGAGAAGGUUGAAAUUCGUUCGUAGUUCUUUAAGCAUUUUGGUUUCUUUGUAGUAUGUUGUUACUCAUACACUGUGUAAGUGCAUGUAUGAUAUCUCUUUUCCUUUCCUCCGUAUUCUAGAAAUUAAAUAUUUCAUUCAUC